CUUUCAUUCUUUUCGUUACGUUCUGAAAUUUCAUUCCCCUGACCUUAACCCCUCUUUCUCUUUCUUUCUUUCUCUCUCUCUCACGCGACAAUGGCGGAAGCUAAGAGUCAAAUUGAAUCCUUGAGGAAAUGGGUCGUCGAGCACAAGCUUCGAGCUGUUGGGUGUCUGUGGCUCAGCGGUAUCACGGGGUCUAUUGCGUACAAUUGGUCUCGACCCAAUAUGAAACCCAGUGUGAAGAUCAUUCACGCAAGGUUGCACGCCCAAGCACUUACACUGGGAGCAUUAGCCGGAGCUGCACUGGUAGAAUAUUAUGAUCAUAAGAAAGAAACAAAGACUUUAUAAAGAACUUGGGGAAAUAUUAACGCAACCAGAUUAACCUGAGACUCCUAGUACUAGUACUACUCAUUUUAAUCAUUAUUGCAAAAUUUGCAAUUGGACUUAUACACAUUCUUUCUCAAAAUAAAAUACUACUUUAAAAUGUUAAACAUGCUUGCGGCGGAGUGAAUGUAUUUUUUCAUUGUAUAAUGGAUUGCUUAUAGUGCUAGUUGCUUCACACAUUUGCUAGCAAAUUUUGUCAGUUCACACAUUUGCUCUUAUUUAUAGGAUAAGAGCACUUGGCUGCAUAAAGAAAGAUGGAACAGCAUCUUAAGAUUGUAAACUUCAGAUUCGGCAAUAUUAUUUUCAGUGUUAUCAUUAUUAAGUCUUGA